AUGUCAGACCCCAUACCGGCCACCAGCCUCAACCCAAAUGCCUGGUAUCACAUUACAGAACAGGCUGUGGAUCCGAACUACAGGAAUGACUUUAAAGCGAUGCUUCAAACAAACCAGGACAAAAAGGCUAACGAUACCAACCUCCACGUGUGGCCGGUGAAGACAGAUAAUCAAGCCGUGAAGGCAUACUGGCAAUUUCAACCAGUGGACUCAACUCUCGGCAGAUACAUACUCAGAUAUUCACAGACCGGCGCAGAUAAGCAACUUGCUGUUUGCCUUUCGAGCGACGCUACUGACGAAGAUACGAAAACUCGACCCUGCCUCCUCGAUGCAAGCAACGAUGAAACACAACAGUGGGAUGUUGCUGAGUGGAAGUCAAACAAUACUUACAGGUUCAUCAAUGUCCAUAAUGGAACCAAAUUCCAUCUCGACUGUAUUCCUAAUGGGCCAGUGUUUAUGAGUUCAGAUAUUGACGAUACUCCGUAUCAGAGUCGACAGCACUGGCUUAUGACAAGUGCGUCAAGCGUGAAUGACAAGGCGUUCAGCACCACUGCUUCAAAAGUGCCAUCUUCAACCUCAUCUGAAGACAACCUAACUUCAACCGCUGGUUCAGAAUUAUCAUCCUCGGGCGGAAACAACUUUGCAUCGGGAAAGAUAACUGGUAUAAGCGUCGGAGUAGUGCUCGGUGUCAUUGCCUUGGCUAUCUCAAUGGCUGCCUUCUUUUUAUGGAGGGCCAGAAACAGGAGGAACGGAAAAGGCUCGUCCCCAGGUAACAUGACGGAAAGCGACAAAAGACCAGGUCAAGACAGCUACGGGGAUCCACCGCAUCAGCACUUCAGCCCCGAGGACGUGGGGAGAUUUCCAAAAUGUGCCGAGCUCGACGGAGUUCCUCUUGGCACUAAGUUUCCUUCGAAUCAGAGAUAUGAGCUUCCAUGA